AUGAAGAAGACUCUGAUUGAGAAGGAGGAGUUACUGAAGGUCUCCCUGGCAGAAGCAGAGGAGAAACAUCAGAAGGCUGUGGAGACCAAUGCCCAGCUGGAGGCCAAAAUAUCUGACCUGAUGUACCAGGUGGAGACACUGCAAGGAACAAUGCAGGACAUGGGGAACCUGCUCUAUGAGACUAACAGGGAGUGUGACCAGCUAACGAACGAACGUGAGCGAGAGAGGGAGGCUCACAGCAUCCUCCAGGCGGAGAGCGAUGAGAUGAAGAAGACUCUGAUUCAGAAGGAGGAGUUACUGAAGGCCUCCCUGGCAGAAGCAGAGGAGAAACAUCAGAAGGCUGUGGAGACCAUUGCUCAGCUGGAGGUGGAGAAGUCCAACCUGACAUACCAGGUGGAGACACUGCGAGGAACAGUGCAGGAAUCGGGGAACCUGCUUUCUGAGACUCACAGGCAGUGUGACGAGCUAACGAACGAGUGUGAGCGAGAGCGGGAGGCUCACAGCAUCCUCCAGUCCGAGCACAACGAGAUGAAGGAGAAGCUAAAACACUGUGAAGAGUUACUAAUGGAACGUGAGCGAGAACGGGAGGUUCACAGCAUCCUCCAGGUGGAGAACGAUGAGAUGAAGAAUACUCUGACGGACAUUGAGGAGUUACUGAAGGUCUCCCUGGCAGAAGCAGAGGAGAAACAUCAGAAGGCUGUGGAGACCAAUGCCCAGCUGGAGGCCAAAAUAUCUGACCUGAUGUACCAGGUGGAGACACUGCAAGGAACAAUGCAGGACAUGGGGAACCUGCUCUAUGAGACUAACAGGGAGUGUGACCAGCUAACGAACGAACGUGAGCGAGAACGGGAGGCUCACAGCAUCCUCCAGGCGGAGAACGAUGAGCUGAAGAAGACUCUGAUUCAGAAGGAGGAGUUACUGAAGGCCUCCCUGGCAGAAGCAGAGGAGAAACAUCAGAAGGCUGUGGAGACCAUUGCUCAGCUGGAGGUGGAGAAGUCCAACCUGACAUACCAGGUGGAGACACUGCGAGGAACAGUGCAGGAAUCGGGGAACCUGCUAUCUGAGACUCACAGGCAGUGUGACGAGCUAACGAACGAGUGUGAGCGAGAGCGGGAGGCUCACAGCAUCCUCCAGUCCGAGCACAACGAGACGAAGGAGAAGCUAAAACACUGUGAAGAGUUACUAAUGGAACGUGAGCGAGAACGGGAGGUUCACAGCAUCCUCCAGGCGGAGAACGAUGAGAUGAAGAAUACUCUGACGGACAUUGAGGAGUUACUGAAGGUCUCCCUGGCAGAAGCAGAGGAGAAACAUCAGAAGGCUGUGGAGACCAAUGCCCAGCUGGAGGCCAAAAUAUCUGACCUGAUGUACCAGGUGGAGACACUGCAAGGAACAAUGCAGGACAUGGGGAACCUGCUCUAUGAGACUAACAGGGAGUGUGACCAGCUAACGAACGAACGUGAGCGAGAACGGGAGGCUCACAGCAUCCUCCAGGCGGAGAACGAUGAGAUGAAGAAGACUCUGAUUCAGAAGGAGGAGUUACUGAAGGCCUCCUUGGCAGAAGCAGAGGAGAAACAUCAGAAGGCUGUGGAGACCAUUGCUCAGCUGGAGGUGGAGAAGUCCAACCUGACAUACCAGGUGGAGACACUGCGAGGAACAGUGCAGGAAUCGGGGAACCUGCUUUCUGAGACUCACAGGCAGUGUGACGAGCUAACGAACGAGUGUGAGCGAGAGCGGGAGGCUCACAGCAUCCUCCAGUCCGAGCACAACGAGAUGAAGGAGAAGCUAAAACACUGUGAAGAGUUACUAAUGGAACGUGAGCGAGAACAGGAGGUUCACAGCAUCCUCCAGGCGGAGAACGAUGAGAUGAAGAAUACUCUGAUGGACAUUGAGGAGUUACUGAAGGUCUCCCUGGCAGAAGCAGAGGAGAAACAUCAGAAGGCUGUGGAGACCAAUGCCCAGCUGGAGGCCAAAAUAUCUGACCUGAUGUACCAGGUGGAGACACUGCAAGGAACAAUGCAGGACAUGGGGAACCUGCUCUAUGAGACUAACAGGGAGUGUGACCAGCUAACGAACGAACAUGAGCAAGAGCUGGAAGCUCACAGCAUCCUCCAGGCGGAGAACGAUGAGCUGAAGAAGACUCUGAUUCAGAAGGAGGAGUUACUGAAGGCCUCCCUGGCAGAAGCAGAGGAGAAACAUCAGAAGGCUGUGGAGACCAUUGCUCAGCUGGAGGUGGAGAAGUCCAACCUGACGUACCAGGUGGAGACACUGCGAGGAACAGUGCAGGAAUCGGGGAACCUGCUUUCUGAGACUCACAGGCAGUGUGAUGAGCUAACGAACGAGUGUGAGCGAGAGCGGGAGGCUCACAGCAUCCUCCAGUCCGAGCACAACGAGAUGAAGGAGAAGCUAAAACACUGCGAAGAGUUACUAAUGGAACGUGAGCGAGAACAGGAGGUUCACAGCAUCCUCCAGGCGGAGAACGAUGAGAUGAAGAAUACUCUGACGGACAUUGAGGAGUUACUGAAGGUCUCCCUGGCAGAAGCAGAGGAGAAACAUCAGAAGGCUGUGGAGACCAAUGCCCAGCUGGAGGCCAAAAUAUCUGACCUGAUGUACCAGGUGGAGACACUGCAAGGAACAGUGCAGGACAUGGGGAACCUGCUCUAUGAGACUAACAGGGAGUGUGACCAGCUAACGAACGAGUGUGAGCGAGAGCGGGAGGGUCACAGCAUCCUCCAGUCCGAGCACAACGAGACCAAGGAGAAGCUAAAACACUGUGAAGAGUUACUAAUGGAGUGCGAGCGACAGCGGGAGGCUCACAGCGUCUUGAAUUUCGGGUUUGAUGAGAUGAAGGAGACUUUGAUGCACAAUGAGAAGUUAUUGAAGGAGUGUGAGCGAGAGCGGGAGGCUCACCACAAGCUGAAGUUGGAGUACGAUGAGAUGAAGAAGACUCUGACCCACAGCGAGGAGUUACUGAAGGUCUCCCUGGCUGAAGUUGAGGAGAAAUAUAACAAGGCUGUGGAGUCCAUUGCUAAGCUUGAAGCUGAGAAGUCCAACCUGAAGCACCAUAUGGAGACAGUGCGAGACACAAUGCAAGACAUAAGGAACGUGCUAUCUGAGACUGACACUCCGUGUGAUGAGCUAACAAACAAACAUGGCGUACCUCUUGGAUCCAAGGAGACAACGAGUAUUGAGAGAGGAAGCAGUGUGAGGAGAAUUGGAUCCACAUCGAAAUCAUUGUGAUUCAUUGUGAAAUCGGGUGUAUGAGGGGUGAAAAUAAGAAGAAUUUAAUUUGAAGUAAAAAGUCAAGCUGGUCUUAAUUUUAAAAAGUCAAUCGAUUUUACAAAAUUGAAGAUUAUUUAAUUAAAAUAGUGCACAUUUCCUUAUUUAUCACCACAUGUCCUUUAGUGUUUUCUCCAAAAGGAGUUAGCCUGGGAGCAGUGCCCCAGUGAAGAGAUGAGGGUGGUCUACAUAGCCCUCAAAUUCUUUGUACAUAUUCUGCGCUUUUCGGACAAAAGGGUAAAGUUAGUCAUCAUGGAUGCCUUCCUCAUUAUCCGAGGUCAUCAUCACCUUGGCCUAGAAACAGGCCAGACAGCCAACCCAAGCAGAGACAGUGACUGAUUAUACAGGUGUUAAACACUGCCCCCUGGGUUUCCUGUCCCGUGCCGACCCAGUGUAAACUCUGCAAGAAGCUUUUUAUCAAAUCUGUACUGCUUGUACACGGCUUCACAUUUUUUUCAGCUUGAUUUUUAACUUUCCAUGCAUUUUUCACCUCUCAUACAUCAUAAGCUACAAGGAAAAAUAUA